AUGAUAAGAGAGAUUAUUAUAAAAAAAUUCAAAUAACUGAAGGACACUAAUGCUGAAAUCAGAAGUAUAAUUAUGAUUUAUUUUAAUAGAAAAUAGUAGAAAUACUUAAAAAAGCAAUUAUUAGAGCAUGUUGAGGUAAUCCUUAAAUGAAUAAUUCAAUUUAUGA